AUGUCGGACCCCUCAGAGCUGGCUGCAGCAUCAGCAGCGCGGGUGUGGAUCGCCGAGCAGCGCGACGUGUGGCAGGCAGCGGAUGUAGUCCACAGAACCAAGCAGCAUGUCGACGUCAUCAUGUCCGACACGAGGGUCCGGAAAACCCUCAGCCUCUCAAACGUGGUUGUGGUCCCCAGGAACCCUCCAGCUCUCGAGGGGACCAACGACCUGGUCACCCUCCAGUUCCUCGACGAGCCCAACAUCCUCCACAACCUCAGGAUCAGGUACGAGCAGGGAGAGAUCUACACCAACACAGGGCCCAUCCUCAUCGCCAUCAACCCUUGGAAGACUCUCAACAUCUACUCUCCGGAUUACAUCCGCCUCUACGACGCCUCCAACCUGGACAAGGAGCCCGGCAGCCUCCCCCCCCACGUGUAUGCUGUAGCCGACGCCUCCUACAGGGCGAUGCUGAGGGACGACAAGGAUCAGUCGAUCCUCGUGAGCGGGGAGAGCGGGGCGGGGAAGACGGAGACUACAAAGUUCCUGAUGCGCUUCCUCGCAUACGUUUCGAGCUCUCGGUCGCAGAACGUGACCUCUAGAAUGUUGCACCUCAAUGACGCUGUGACGGAGGAGAAGGUGCUCGACUCCAACCCCCUCCUGGAGGCCUUCGGGAACGCGAAAACUCUCCGCAAUGACAACAGCAGCCGAUUUGGUAAGUACAUCGACCUCCACUUCGGUCACGAUGGUGCUCUACUUGGUGGAGCGAUACAGACCUACCUGCUGGAGAAGGCUCGAGUGGUCCAGCAGGCAGCAGGGGAGCGCAACUUCCACAUCUUCUACCAGCUCAUCACAGGGUCCACGUUGCUCGAGCCCUCCUUCAAGGAGAAGCUCGAUCUCGACAGCAACCCUGACAGCUAUCGCUACCUCAUGCAUGCGCCCGGUGAAGAAUGCACCAUCGACGACGAGAAGAGCUUCGCAAGGACCCUCAAGGCCCUGGACUCCGUCGGCAUCACAGCCGAGGAGCGGGACAACAUCCUCACCGUGGUUGCUGGCAUCCUUCACCUGGGCAACGUGGAAGUCAGCGGUGGCGAAGGAGAUCAGAAGGAGCAGGCGUUUGGCCUCCUCGAGCACGACGCCCCCAGCAACGUCUGCGCGCUCCUCCAAGUAGGGAGAGAGGAUCUCGAGCUCGCGCUCUGCCGCCGCAGGAUCGUUGCGACAGCUGAUGACCAGUACGACGUGGCGCUAUCGAGGAUGCAGGCAAACCACACGAGGGAUGCACUGGCCAAGGCCCUCUACACGCGCCUCUUCUCCUUCCUGGUGAUGCGCGUCAAUACCUCCCUGAACCCCGGGAUGAAGGCGAGGAGGACGCUCAAGACUUCAGUGCUCGACAUCUUCGGGUUCGAGUUCUUCGACGUGAACAGGUUCGAACAGUUCUGCAUCAACUACGCCAACGAGAAGCUGCAGCAGUACUUCGUUGAGUUCGUCUUCAAGCUCGAGCAGGCUGAGUACAUCGCUGAGGGAAUCGACUGGCAGCAGGUUGGCUUCAGCGACAAUCGUGCGAGCAUUGAGCUGAUAGAGGCGAAACCGAAUGGCAUUCUUGCCAUUCUCAACGAGGAGUGCAUUCUACCUAGCGGAGGGUCUGAUCAAGACUUUGCGCGCAAGGUCAGGGAGAAAUGUGAAGCCUCCUCCUGCUUCUUCGCUCCAAAGCUGCAGACCGACUCCUUCACCGUCAAGCACUAUGCAGGAGAGGUCAACUACUCCUCGGAAGGGUUUGUGGACGCAAAUCGCGACCUUCUUCAGCCUGCUCUGCUAGACACCAUGAUUCAAUCAGGAUCAAGCUUCAUCCGCAACCUCUUCGACAACCCUCUCUUCGACAUCAACAACAGGAGGGAUGAGAAGUCCUCGCAAGAGCAGGAUCGACGAGGCCGGCAGCAACCCGGACGGGCAGGGGCAGGAGCAGGAGCAGGAGGACAGCCGAGAAGAUCGACUUUGAUCUUCACAUCGGUCUCGACUCAAUUUCGACAACAGCUCGUGUCCCUUGUGAGCGCCAUAUCCAAGACCUCUCCUCACUUCAUCCGAUGCAUCAACCCCAACAACGUUCGAUCGCCUGCGCUCUUCGACACUUUCGCCUGCCUGGAACAACUGCGGUGCGGAGGAGUGAUGGACGCAGUUCAUGUUACCAGGAGUGGAUUUGGUUCGAGAUACCCGUAUCAUGACUUCUUGGAGAGGUUUCAAUGUUGCAUCAAAGAGACAAGAGGGCAGACAGUGCAGGAGAAAGCAAGUGCUAUCAUGACGGCAAUGGGGAUGAAUGCAAACAUGUUUCGACUUGGACGGACGAAAAUGUUCUUACGACAUCACGUCAUCGAGCUUCUUGAGGCGUCAGCACGACGGAAGGUCUACGCAAGGGACCUGGUCGACAUGCGGCAGAAGGAGGCAGAGAGAGAGCGAGACAGACAGAGACAGAAAGAGAGAGAGCGAGAGAAGUUCGAGGCCUUGGGACAGGAGGAGCAGCAGGACAGGAAGCCCUCCUUCUCCUCGGAGUCGGGCUUUCAAGAGAAUCAGGAGCAGGAGGAAGAGGAGCAGGGAGGGCAAGGAGACUUCAACAGCAACAGCAGGAGACCGAACCAUCUCAGGGUGAGCGUGACGAGCAACGAGGAGCAAAGACAGCAUGAGCCUUCUCCUCUCAGCGCCGGGAGCUCCCAUGGGAUGAAGAUACUGGAGAAGAUGAUGGAAGCAGGGUGGCAGGAUGAUUGGACGUACCUGACGAGGAGGCUCGACGAAGAGAGAACCAAGAGAUGGAAUGCGGAGAAGCUGGCGAGCGAGGCGACGAUGACAGCUCGCAUUGUUGAGAGAGAACUACACGAAGAGCGAAGACUGCGCAACGAGCUCAGUCUCCUCAUUCACGACCUCUCGAUCCAAAACGACAUCCCGACUCUGAAACGAGAACUCGAGGACAUCCGUGCUCGCAUGGCGGGCGAAGAGCGAGGGCAACUGUUAGGGGCUGAGGCAGCGGCAGAGCAUCACGACGCCUGCUGUGUGGCCAUUCAGAUGAAGCUGGACCUCGCGGCUAAGAUCAAGAGCUUGAAGCUGUCGCGUGAGAUGCCCAAGAGCAUCAGCGCCGAGGAGCUGACUGAAGUCCGGAGGCGGGAGACCAAGCUUCAUGCGCAGCUGAAGGCGCUGGUGUUGGGGAUGAGAUCAGAGAAUGACAUCAACUUUGUGAACUGCAAUCAUCUGGACAAUCAAGGAGAGAAAGAUUUCUCUGGAAGUGUAUCAAUGCAGAACGAGUUUCUUGUGGAGGAGAUGAAACGAGAAGUCUGGGCAAGAAAGAAGGUUCUGAAUAAAGUGUUCACAUCUUUACAAGCUUGCAACACAAACCAAGCAAGCAAGAUGAACGAUGAGUUGCUUCACCUCCAAACUUUUGUAUUGGACGCAAGUGAGAUCCUCCAUGAAGAACAAGGCAACGAACGAGACAAACAAACUUCCGAGCGCGUCAAACACUCCAACAUCAUUGCUGAAACUCGUGAUAUGCUCUUAGAAGGCCUCAAGAGAAUACAGAACAAAUCUCAGAAAGAGCUGAAUCGUCAAGGCUCGGUACAACCCCAUCACCAAUCCGAUGAAGAGUGGAAGGCCCUUCACAGAGUUAUGAUGACGGCGAGCAGCGAGUCUAAUCCACCUGCUUUGAUGAACGUGUCGAAGGAGCUCCGACUGCAGAUUGAAACGAAAAGCAUCGUAGGCAAGACAGAAGAACAGACCCCUCUAGCGGUCUCGCUUGAAGCGCUCCUAGCCGUCGCUGACCUGAUCGAGACUAAGGGUCUGCUGCUCCGAGAGAAGGAGGAGAGAAAGCAAGAGAGCCAACGAGUCAGCAGAAAUUUUGAGCUGGAGCAUGCGGCUCGACUUCAGUUGUCAACGUUUGUGAAAGACAUCUCUCUAGUAUCAGACCCUGUCUUCCUGCAGGCGCGGCUGAAAGCCCUGCAAGCCAAAGUGACAGAGGAGAAGAACAAGAUCCGAGGGUCAGAGCAGAUCAAAAGCGGCAUGGCAAUACAGAUGAUCAAAGACAUGGAGGCGUGUGUGAUGUUGCUCGAAGACAAGGUCAAACUCCUAAGUCGGCUACAAUGAUGUUGGUUGGGUGUAGAUAGCAUUUCACCUGCUCGUAUUCUUUCUCUUCUCACUGGGGUCUGUUGUGUGAACUCAAAAGAAUGUUUUAAGACUUU